AGCUGUCCGCGGUGCUGAAACGGCAGCGGCGUGCUGUCUUGAAGGCGCUGACAGCACUCGGGGCGAGCAAUCCGCUUACUGAGCAUCGAAAUUAAACAUUCUCUGCCUUUCAGGCAAUUCCGAUUACAAAUCUACUCACUGCUCGACUCCCAAAACAAGAAGACCCACCGUGCAGCGUGGGAUAUUUUUCGGAGGUAUCGGGGAGAGGGUGUCAGGCUCGAAUCAUUUGAUUCUUUCUCGUUCUUUUUGUCUGGAAAGUGUUUAAUACAGGCACGUAUUAUUUUGUAAACGGAGGAAUCCACUUCAGUAAACAUGUGCACGAGAAGAGACUACCGAUUGAACGUGUUCCUUAUGGUGUUGACGCUUUGCGCGUCAGUGAUGCAGAUACGUGGGCAAGGUCCUCCACUGGAGAAGAAGAACGCGGUCAGCCAGAAAGGGGUAGCCAUGGAGUCGGAGGGGGGACACAGGACCUACGUGACUACCAUUGACCCACAAAGGGAAAGUGAAGUCCACGUGGUCACCACCGCCUCUCCACCGGACCUCCCCCACCACCGGCCCCUGUUUAAGGGCUUUCUUCUCCACGAGGCCCUGCUCACAAAGGACUUCCGGGGGCAGCAGCACUUCUUCACAGAGGAUGGGGUGGCGGAGGGCCACCCCACGCCUGCCCCCAGCUCUCACCUGGCCGGCGAUACCUACACCCAGGUGGUGCCGCACGAGGAUGCGCCUGCCUUCUCUGAUGUCGUCGCUACCACCGCCACCGUGGCCGCCACCUUGCCCAUGACGACCGUAGCCACCAUCACCACAGCGCUUCCCAUUUCUGUGGCAGCUAAGGACGGCGGGAGGGCCCCAGCAGUGGAGAAGGCCGCGGCGACCACAGGCUCCUUGACGACCCCUGUCGCACACGCCUCCGAGCCCCCGUUCCGCAGGGAUGAUCCCGCCCUCGCCACACCUAUGGUGGAGGGGCCCCCUCUUCCGGACACAGUCACCGUGGCGACCAGCCUCGCACCUCCUGCCCUGACUACUGCGGGAGGAAAGGGCGAGGCAGACACGCGAGGGCCCACUGUGGAGCACGACACAGGCCCCUCCGGUGAGGCCGCCGCCACCACAUCCUCAUCCUCGGGGGAUGUAGAUGAUGAAACCAUGACGACCACAAUCAUCACUACAACCAUCAUCACCACCAUGCAGACCCCAGUUGAGUGCAACGUGAAUUUCACCAACCCGGAGGGGUACAUCGACACGGCACACCUGUCCAGCGCCUGGCUGGACUCCACCGUGGACUGCACCUUCACCGUGACUGUCUACUUGGGCUACGGCGUGGAGGUUCAGGUGCUGAACGUGAGCCUGUCCGAGGGGGAGACAGUGACCCUGGAGGACCUGGGGGGCCAGGAGCACUCUGUCCUGGCCAACGAGUCCAUCCUGAUGAAGGGGCUGGUGGUGCGAAGCUCGAGCAACCAGAUCACCAUCCGCUUCCAGAGCGAGGUGCCACAGCCCGGCUCCUUCCUGCUGCGCUACCAAGCCUUUGUGCUGAGCUGCCCGUUCCCUCAGCGGCCGGCCUAUGGGGAUGUGUCCGUCACCAGCCUCCACGCGAACGGAGAGGCCUACUUCUACUGCUUCACCGGGUACCAGCUGCUGGGACCCUCCACCCUCACCUGCCGCAACGCCACCACGCCCUACUGGAGUGGCAGGGAGCCCCAGUGCUUAGCCGCCUGCGGUGGAAUGGUCAAGAAUGCCACGCUGGGGCGCAUUGUCUCCCCCGGUUUCCCUGGCAACUACAGCAACAACCUGACCUGCCACUGGGUGCUGGAGGCUCCUGAAGGGCAGCGGCUUCACAUCCACUUCGAGAAGGUGGCCCUGGCUGAGGACGAUGACAGGCUGCUCAUUAAGGAUGGGAACAACAUCGACUCCCCGGCCGUGUACGACUCCUACGAGGUGGAGUACCUGCCCAACGAGGGCAUCGUUAGCACGUCCCGGCACCUCUUCGUCGAGUUCACCACAGACGGCUCCGGCACCUCCACCGGCGCUGCCAUCAGAUACGAAGCAUUCGCGCGGGGGAACUGCUACGAGCCGUUCGUGAAGUACGGCAAUUUCACCAGCAGCGACUCCACGUACUCGGUGGGCACGGUGGUGGAGUUCACCUGCGACCCCGGCUACACCCUGGAGCAGGGCUCCGUCAUCAUCGAGUGCAUGGACCCGGAAAACCCGCAGUGGAACGAGACCGAGCCCGCCUGCAGAGCUGUCUGCAGCGGAGAGAUCACAGAUUCAGCCGGGGUGGUUCUGUCCCCCAACUGGCCGGAGGCCUAUGACAAAGGCCAGGACUGCAUCUGGGGCAUCCACGUAGAGGAGGACAAGAGAAUCAUGCUGGAUAUCCAAGUCCUGCAUGUGGGGAAGAACGACAUGCUGACCUUCUACGAUGGCGACGACCUGACAGCUAACAUCCUGGGCCAGUACAGCGGCUCGCACCCACGCUUCAAGCUCUACACCUCCAUGGCCGACGUCACCGUCCAGUUCCAGACCGACCCAGCCACCAACAUCUUCGGCUACAACAAUGGCUUCGUCGUGCACUUUUUCGAGGUUCCUCGCAACGACACCUGCCCCGAGCUCCCGGAGAUCACCAACGGCUGGAAGAGCACCUCGCACCCAGAGCUCAUCCACGGGACAGUGGUGACCUACCAGUGCUACCCGGGGUUCCAGGUGGCGGGCACCGAGACCCUCAUGUGCCAGUGGGACUUGACGUGGAGUGGGGACGUGCCCAGCUGUGAGAGAGUGACAUCAUGCUCGGAUCCCGGGAACGUGGAUCACAGCCGCAGGGUGACGCAGGGAUCCCGCUUCGCCGUGGGCUCCACAGUGCAGUACAUCUGCAACAAGGGCUACGCGCUGUCCGGGAGCGGUCUGCUCACCUGCCACAGCCGCGACUCGGCCAGCCCCAAGUGGAGCGACAGGCUGCCCAAGUGUGUCCCGGAGACGUACGAGCCCUGCAGGAACCCCGGAGCCCCCUCCUCCAGCAUCCAGAGCACCGAGAAGCGCUUCUACCAGGCGGGGGAGACGCUGACCUUCUCCUGCAUGAGCGGCUAUGAGCUGCAGGGGCAGCCCAGUAUCCGCUGUAUCCCUGGACACCCCUCGCAGUGGAGCGGCCCGCCCCCUGCCUGCAGAGCAUCCUCUUUGGACUACUUAAAUGAGCGCAGACUGGAUGUUGCCAGUUCAGACCUCAGCAUGGAGGGGACAAACAUCGCGAUUGCUGUCUUGAUCCCUGCUGCCGUCGUCAUGGUACUCAUCGUCGGGAUUUACCUGUACUUCUCCAAAGUCCAGGGGAAGUCCCUCCGUCUCCCCAUGUCCACAUCCCCCCCGUAUGACCACAUGACGGUGGAGUCCGCAUUCGACAAUCCCAUCUACGAGACCGGAGACGCCAUGGUGACCGGGGCCCUCUCUCCCCCCCCCUCCCACCACGCUCCCAUCAGCCCCGGCUCGCGUUCUCUGAUUACUAAUGACUGUGUCUGUCUGUCCCCCCUGCGGCUGCGCCCCCCGAAGAACAACGAGGAGACAAGAGAAUAUGAGGUUUCCAUUUAGAGACAUUUCAGAAUGGGGGACUCUGAGCCUCUCUUUUGCCUUGUGGGAAUUUCUCUGCACCUUUCAUCUCUUCUGUGACCCCCUUGAGUCUUCUUCUCUCCCUCCAUCCUCCUCCUCCUCUUCUGGCUGCUAUAAGUAUCCCCCCCUUCAGAGGACAUCUGCCAGCACUGCAGAGUGUGGACACCAUGUUGUUAUUUUUGUAGAGCUUCAGUAGUGAUGGCUUAGCUACAAUCUUUGUACACUUUCAGUCCUGUGAUAGAAUACAGCAGUUACAAGUAACAUCAUUAAGGGAACAAAAAACAGGGGUUCUAUUUAUUGUAUUACUUUGUAAAUGUUAUUGUUUGUAAAUGCGACAGGACGAUUCAUGAACUGGCCAAUGCCUCGACAGAACACAAAUCAAUUGCAAUUGGCCCUAACUUGCCAACAUAAAACAUCUUUAAAUUUGUUACAACACCUUAAGAAUUCUAUGGUGGCUCAAGAGGGACAGCUUGAUUAUUAGUUACUAUUAUGAUUCCUCCCACUUUUCACUGGCACCAUGGGGUAUCUGCGUGGAGUCAAUCUGGACACGCUGUAAAUAGGUCAUCAAAGGUUUGUGCAUGGCCACAAAAAGGGUACGACAAAAACUACAUCAGGCUUCCUUUCUUCUCUCACACUCAACCAGGACUUUUUUUACAAUAAUAAUUCUUUCCCUGAUACAUUGCCUUGUAUUGUUGGUGAUCCAACAUAGAGCAAUUUGGGAUGAAAAACAUACAUUAGAGAUACUGAGAUAAUGAUCUGUGAUUAAAAAAUGAUGUCUUAUCUUCUGUAAUCUGUUGCAUUUUCAAGCCCUGUUCUGUACUAGCCCGCUCCACAUAACCAUUGGCAAUGCAAUAUUAAACAAACAAUUAUAUUUCAUUUGUUUACAUUGUAGCCUUGGUAUACUCAUUGUGGGGUUUUACUGGGUUCAACCUUUUUGAGCCCUUGAAGUAGAAAUUCUGGGGCCACUUAACAGUGAAGAUUUGCAAUGAACACUGAAGGAAACACAGGACUCCAAGUUCCAUAUUAAUCUCAGAGAGCUUUAAAACCAGAUUUAUCCGAAUAAUACUUUAUAAAAUUGAGAGUAAAAAGAAAGAAUGCAGCUUCUAUUUCUAGUCAAUUUCUCGGGUGUUGAAUAAGACUCAAAACCAAAGUGGCAAAAUUGUCAAGGUCUGAAGUGGCUGAAUGCUGUGAUCUCCCCUUCAGUGAUCAAUUGCUUUUAUUCAGCCAGUAAAAUUUCAACCCUGAAGGUGGUACAGUUCAUAAGAAUGGUUCUCAAAUGUUCAUAGUGUAGGCCCCUCUGCUAUGAUGCCCAGUCUUUCUGAAAAUCCCUGGCUAGAUGAAGCAACUUACAAUGCACACAACAGUGACACAACAUCAACGGAACAGGGUCAUUAAAUUACAUAAUAAAUUGAUGAGGUUUCUUGUUUUUCUUUGACAGAAAAGUAGUACUAACAUAGUACUAAAACAAUACUAAAAUUCUACAGGAAUAAUUAAAUGUUGUUAAAUUGUGAUAAUUGCUGUACUUGUGUGGUAAUUAGACCAUGUGUGCAGGCAAAGAGGAGUAUCCAACAGAAACAGGUAAACAGCAAUUGAAAUUACUAAGACAGCUUGCUUUCUACAGUCAAUUUGCCCAUGACAGUAAAGUGAGCAUGUUCAUCGAGAACCCUUGUGCUACUUUAAGGUCCCACAGGGGUCCCUAGUCUAACACUUGAAAACCCAUGGCCAACAAGCAAUACUCAAGAUGUACAGUCCUACACAUUUAUUGCAUAUACACAUGUAUCGGUUAACAUUUGAUACAGUCCAUAUUACAAUAUAGUCACUGCAAAGCAGCAAAAUAUUAGAUGUGUUUAUUUUCAAAGUGUGAUGUACGUCUGUCCAUGCUUGCAAGUUGUUAUCCUAAUUGUAUCAUCAUGUACAGGCAAGGAAAUUGAUAAACCUUGUGUGUCACAAUACUGAUGAACUGCAAUUGUACAUUCAGAAUAACUACAGAUGUAAAGUGGGUAUAUAUUUUAUUAUUCAAGUACUCCUUCUGCAGAUGUCAGAAAAGCUGCAGAAUAGAUUUCAAAAGGUACUGUAAGAUAUUUUCUAAAAUUAAUACCAACCAGGAGUAAUUCUGAAAAUAAAAAAGAACUUAUCCGAGAACUUUGGUUGUUGUUUU